AAAAAGUAAAAACACAGAGUUAGUCAACAUUUCAACAAUAACAUCGCGGUGCGCUGCCCAGGCGCAUUUUUUCAAACCAUUUCUAAUUCGGCAACCGACCGAACCGGACGCCAAUCGAUUUUAGACUUUUUUUUUUCUUAUCGGACAUUUUUGUGGCCAGUGUUUUAGUGUAAUUCUUGUGUCAUUAUGGAUUGAAGUUACGUGUAUAUUAAUUUGGUUAAAAUGGCACUAACAAAAUGUUCUGUCAAGUGUGUUUUUAUUUUUAUUCUCCUGGCUGUUCUGAACACGGAUGGCUAUAGUCCUAGGGAAUGUGGUGUGCCUCUGCGACGUCAUACGCGUCAGCCUCGGGAACGAUCAACUAGCCAGCUGCGCAUUAUCAAAGGCAAAGAGUCGAAGCGAGGCGCGUGGCCGUGGCAGGUAUCCUUGCAACUGCUCCAUCCAAACUACGGCCUGAUCGGACACUGGUGCGGCGGGGUGCUGGUGCACCCGCUGUGGCUGCUGACGACCGCGCACUGUAUUCAUAAUGAGCUGUUCAACCUUCCGCUGCCGGCGUUAUGGACAGCGGUGCUUGGCGAGUGGGACCGAGCUGAACAGAAGGGAUCCUAUGUCCCAAUCGAGAGGAUUGUACUCCAUCACCGGUUCCACAACUACCAACAUGAUAUAGCCUUGAUGAAGAUGACAAAGCCAGCAGAUGUCAGUCCAGGCAGCCGCAUAAGAACAAUUUGCCUGCCACCUUUUGAGCCACAUAUCCUAAACUUCGACACAGAGAAGAGUACUUCGUUCUACUUAAGACCUCAAUCAACACAAGAACCAGUGAGAAAAAAACAAAAGCCACCGAAACCAAAACCAGAUACAGCUGUCAAAUAUUUAGAAAAACUCAAUAAUUUAACUAAAAACAUGUUUGGUGGAUUUACAACUAAGAAACAUAAGAAUUUAAGAUAUAACGUAAGAGUAGAUAACGACUCGAAUAGACAAAGCGAUAGAAAGAAUGUUGAAGAGCCAGGCGGAGAAAAUGAAAGAAGAAAUGCUGAUAUAACGUAUGCUAGUGCAACACUAGAUAGUGUCAUAAAGCUGAUUAGAAAUAGACUAGUGAAUAACAAUCGUAAAACUAGCAUUAACGAUAGAAGUGAUAAGAAGCUGAUGUUUGGUGAAGAAAUAGAUCCUUUUAUUGAUGAUAGUAACAGAUUGGACUUUAAAGAUGAGUGUUAUGCAACUGGGUGGGGAAGAGAACAGACUAAUGGGACUUUGACUGAUGUGUUGUUAGAAGCUGAGGUGCCAAUUUUGCCAUUAAAAUUGUGUAUAGAUAGGUAUUCGUUGACAUUGCCAUUAAAUGAUGGCCAUUUAUGUGCCGGAAGCACUGAUGGCAGUACUGGUGCAUGCGUGGGCGACAGCGGCGGGCCUCUCCAGUGUCGAUCUGGAGGUCGUUGGGAACUCCGAGGAUUGACCUCCUUUGGAUCAGGCUGCGCUAGGCGAGGAGUACCCGACGUGUAUACAAACAUAUCACAUUACGUCUCCUGGAUCUACGCACACAUAUACGCCACAUAGAUUAGUUUGAAUAACAAACGGAUUUUACCCUGAAGAACCCAAUUUCAGAGAAGGUUGGUCCAAGAAACCUUUUUGAAAAUUAUCUUUUUCAUAUUGAGGUGUUCAUGGCAUGAACCGAAACAACAUGGCCAGAUUUAGCAAUAGUUUUCGUGAGGAAAGUUACCAACGUAUUUUUUUAAGGUUUUAUUUUAAGUAUUGUUCUGUUUCUUUGUGUGACCCAGAUUUUUUAUUUAUGACAUACCUCACUGAGUGUAAAGGCAUCCUUCGUUGACUCUAUGAGUAGAUGCUAUUUGAUGAAUGCUACAGUAAUGUUAUAGUAAUAGACGUGUUAAACUUAUUAAUACGAGAACACACCCGACUCAGAUCUAAUUGAGUUAAAUUUGUAAAUAUACCAAUUUUUAAAGACAAUUUGUCUAUGUACCUCCUUAUCGAGAUUGGAUAAUUUGUAAAUUGUGAACUUAACUAUAUUACUUAUCAAAUUACACUAAUUUAUUUUGUGCCGAUAAUGCUGUUAAAAAAAAUUGAAAUUAGUAUUUAUUUCAAAAUUUAAUGUAAUUCCCUUUGAGUAUUUACUUAAAAGGUAGCCGUAAAAGAUGAAUAAUUACCAUUUUAUAAAUAUUAUUAUCUAGUCUGCCUUUAUGUAAACAUAUAGGCAUAUGUAGUAAUCUAAAAAUUUACGUAUUUAAUUAAUUUAACUGAUUCAAAUCUGACAUUAGAUACAAUUUCUUGCUGGAAAUUCACUCUGAGAUUUUGGAAUUGGACGCCUGUAACAAAAUAAACAAAACACUUGCGCAAUCGAAUAUUUUUAUUUAUUAUAGAGCAAUUUAUUUUCUUGAUAUUAUCAGGAAAAUAAAUUGCUCACUUAAUUUUACACUCAAAACUCAAGGCAAGUACGUAUUUACCGAUAUAAAUGCUACAUUGCAAAGUCGUGUUCGCUGUGAUUACGCAGGACGUUGUAGAGCGUGUACGUGUGCUCCGUUGUUUUCUACAUGUUUUGACACAAUUUCUGCGUUAUCUGUAGACGGACGUCAAAUUGAAAAAAUCAAAAAAAUCCUCGUCUGAGCUCUUAAGCACUAGAAUAUAUUUUAUUACCAUUUUUUAAGUUUCAAUCCACGACCACUCAAAGAUCUGUGAUUUAAAUUGCAUGUAAAUACUUAUCCUUAGUUUUAAUAAUUAUUUUUUUUAUUUAUAUCUUUAUGUUAUUUAUAUAUAUUGUGUACAUAAUUUAAGUAUUUAAUAAAACAAUAAAUUAAAUUGUCAAAA